AUGUCUCUUCCCACUAUCAGUCCAGAAAUAUGGCUUAUGAUACUGGAAGAAACUGUUUUGGGUGACUUGGAGAAAGGUACCAACGAGUUUUCCAACCUAAUGCUUGUCUGCCACAUGUGGAAGAACCUGGUAGCGCCGCUGCUAUAUCGACGACUUCUAUUCUGGCAACCCCAUCAGAUACCGCUCUUCGUGCACCAUGUGUAUGCGCUCAAACGGAUGAACGAAUAUCCUUCCCGUCGGACAACCUCGCUGUGCUUAUUGAAGCUCGCGGAUCUGAAUCUCGACGGACGUGAUAUGCUGUUGCUACUUCGCUGCUUUCCCAAACUACAGCAACUGGACUCGUCCCUGAAGCUGUCCUGGAAAGAGCUGGAGGUUUUGGCUGAUCACUGUGCCCAGCAUCUUCGUGUGCUUGACACAUGCAUUGACGACAGAGACGGUACGGGGUUAGCAUUCACUAUCAUCCCACGAUUCCAUGCGCUGGAGUAUAUGCACCUCUGUAUAGCAGACCCAUCGCCCGGACGAAGCCCAUUGCAUGAACUUCCACCAUUCUCUCUACCCCAUCUGAAGUAUUUGGAGCUGAGGAUGGCGAAGCAUCAAAAGCGCAACUACGCUCAUUAUCUCUCCUUUCUCGAGCUGUGUACCUUCCCUGCUUUGAGCCAUCUUCGUCUGUCACACUUACGUCACCCGGAGGCACUCACCUUCUCUGACUUUCUCUAUCGUCAUGGCCCGCUAUUGACCCGCCUCGACAUUGAAGACGUUCACCCUGAAUGCUUAUCAAUCCCCUUUCCGAAUCUGGUCCAUUUGGGCAUCAUGUGGCCGCUGUUUGACCAGAUGAUCGACCCACAGCAUCUGGAAGCUAUGAUUCCUCCGUCGGUUCAAGUUCUCCACCUGUGCGAAGGCGACUGCCCAUCUUCGGAUACCGUCUCCUUUCUGCAAGAAUUCGGACACAGGCGUCCGCCCCAAGCACAACUGGAAGCCAUACAAAUCGAGGACCCUGGAUUUCUUUGGGAAGACCUUGCUUGUGACACGGUUACAGCUACAGGUUGGCUGCAGCCUGCUUUCCAUCUGAGGAAGAUUGGUAUUGCGCUCCUUGAUGCAGAUGGGGUAGGGUUCAAGUUGGAAAAAAGUUUUCCGCCUCAAAAUGGAAGUCUGAGCUCGUCAUCUUCCGUCAGCAGGGCGAAGGACACGGUAUUAAGGAGAUGA